AUGUUCAGUAGCGCGUUCGACGAUGUUAAACGUUUAAAUAAACGGCAGCUUCUCUAUCAGAUAUUGAGUUUCGGUAUGAUAGUAUCGUCAGCUCUGAUGAUAUGGAAAGGAUUAAUGGUCAUCACCGGGAGCGAGAGCCCCAUCGUCGUUGUUCUAAGCGGUAGCAUGGAACCAGCCUUUCACAGAGGAGACUUGCUCUUUUUAACCAAUUACAAGGACGAGCCUAUAAGAGUCGGAGAGAUCGUCGUCUUCAAAGUCGAGGGAAGAGAGAUCCCUAUAGUUCAUAGAGUACUUAAACUGCAUGAAAAGGGUGAUAAAAACAAUACGAUAAAAUUCCUUACGAAAGGGGACAAUAAUUCGGUCGACGACAGAGGUUUAUACGCGAUCGGUCAACUAUGGUUGACGCAUAAGGAUGUCGUCGGCAGAGCACGAGGGUUUUUACCAUAUGUUGGCAUGAUUACUAUAUACAUGAACGAAUACCCUAAAUUUAAAUACGUGGUGUUACUUGCACUUGGAUUAUAUGUUUUAUUUCACAGGGAGUAACACUUUUAAAUAUAAGUCAUUCCUGCAAUAGACUGUCAUUUAGUUAUUAAUUACGCAAGGGUUGGAAAGCGGAAAGGAUAAUCUCUUACCGCGAUGAUUUCUGUAUUGUUUUUGUUUUCUUUUUUCUUUUUUUAAGCGCGUGGAAUUGGAAGCACAAUUAAAUAGGUACUUUACACGUGAACUUUGAGGUUAUAACAUAGAGUUAUUGUACGUUACUUGUGUUGGGAAGUAAUUGAAUUGAACAAAUCAUUAUAUGUACUUGAAACAUGGUA